CCCCUGGAACCCAAUGAAACCAAUCCAAACCUCACCAAACCUCGCAGAAAUCCAGGGACCAAAGUGAUAAAAGAGGCAAUGGGCCUGGAGCGAUAGCAGGGGAACCUACAUUGCCAGUGAUCUCUCAUUCCAAAGCCCCACUUUCCCCUCUCUUAAACCUUACUCUACUCUCCCUUUUCUGUCUUCUGUCUCAACUUACCUUUCUCAUGGAGUUUCAGGUGACCUGAAAGAAACUUAAAAGUAGGAAAAAAUGGUUUUGCCAACAGUUUAUAGGGGAGCUGCUUCCUCUUCUUCUCCGUAUGAUCAUUCGAAGAAGAGAUGGAACAAACUGGUGCCUAUUCUGGUCGCUCUUGUAGUCGUUGCAGAGAUCGUCUUUCUUGGUCGGCUUGAUAUGGCAAAGAACGCAGCUAUGAUGCGGACGUGGACUGCCGGGUUUAACUCGCCGGUGGAUGCAGAGAAGGGAAUUGAUGGGUUGGGUGUUAUUGAGGAGAGUGUUCAUGAGAUUAGGGGUUGGAGCUGCGAGGAAUGGUUGGAGAGAGAAGAUUCAGUUACUUGUACCAGGGAUUUUAAGAGGGACCCCAUCUGGGUAAAUGGAGGGGAGCAGGAUUGGAAGUCAUGCUCGGUGGGAUGCACUUUUGCGAAUGAUCGACUUUCUAAUAGGAAACCUGAUGCUGCGUUUGGUUUACAUGGAGAACCAGAAACAGCUAGUGUCCUUCGGUCCAUGGAAUCUUCACACUACUAUUCAGAGAACAACUUGGACCAUGCACGACGGAAAGGAUACAAUGUUGUAAUGACUACUAGCCUUUCAUCUGAUGUUCCUGUUGGCUACUUUUCGUGGGCUGAAUAUGACAUAAUGGCACCUGUACAACCAAAGACAGAAAAAUCGCCUGCAGCUGCCUUCAUAUCUAAUUGUGGAGCUCGUAACUUCCGUUUGGAGGCUCUUGAACUUCUUGAAAAGAUGAAUAUACAAAUAGAUUCUUAUGGCGGUUGUCAUCGGAACCACGAUGGCAGAGUGGACAAGGUGAAAGCUUUGAAGCGCUACAAGUUCAGUUUGGCUUUUGAAAAUUCUAAUGAAGAAGAUUAUGUUACAGAGAAAUUCUUUCAGUCACUCGUUGCAGGCACCAUCCCUGUGGUUGUCGGUGCUCCAAAUAUCCAAGAUUUUGCUCCUGCACCAGGUUCUAUUUUGCAUAUCAAAGAGGUAGAUGAUGUGCCGUCAGUUGCAAAAAACAUUACGUACCUCGCAUCAAAUCCUGUUGCAUUUAAUAACUCCCUCAGGUGGAAAUAUGAGGGUCCAUCUGAUUCUUUCAAGGCCCUUGUGGACAUGGCUGCUGUGCAUUCAUCUUGCAGGCUCUGUAUUCACCUUGCCACUCAAAUCCGAGAGAAAAAGGAAAGAUCAAAUCCCAAUUUUCAAAAACGUCCCUGCAACUGUACGAGAAGCGGUGUAACUGUGCACCAUUUGUUUGUGAGAGAGAGGGGAAGGUUUGAGAUGGAGUCAAUUUUCCUAAGUUCGAGUAGUCUGACAUUGCAAGCAUUGGAGUCUGCCGUUUUAGCGAAAUUCAAGUCCCUGAAUCAUGUGCCCAUAUGGAAGGGAGAUAGACCCAGUGUGAUCAAAGGUGGUGAUGAUUUGAAGAUUUAUAGGAUAUAUCCGCUUGGCAUGACCCAACGCCAGGCACUGUACACUUUCAGCUUCAAGGGCGAUGGUGAUCUCCAGUAUUACAUAGAAAGCAACCCAUGUGCAAAGCUUGAGGUCAUAUUUGUAUGAUUGGCAAUGUUAGUGCCCUUGUUAGAAUUAUUUAUGCGGUUGAUGCCCAUUUAUCAAAAUUUUGUUUCCUGCAUCUGAUAUAUGGGAUUUGUUAUCCAUUACCUGGUCUCCUCUCUCGCUCUCUCCCUCUCUCUUCUUUGCUGUUGUGCAGCAUCUGAGCAUAUGUUGCCAGGCGAGUUUGGAUGGUGCAAAUAACAGCUUAGACCGCCUAUGACUAUUAUUAAAAUUAAUAAUAGCAAUAUGAACUUAGCUGUGU